GUGCGAAGGGUGGACGUUCGAGAAAAACUGCGGUUGGACGCUGGAGACCAACUGCCCAGGCCAGUCGCCUGGCUCUCUCGGUUGGGCGAGCGACGACGGCAGCGAGGGGUACGAGUGUUGCUGCGGGCAGCAGCUUUGGAAGCAGGUCGGCGUGUCCAGCAAGUGCGAAGGGUGGACGUUCGAGAAAAACUGCGGCUGGACGCUGGAGACCAACUGCCCGGGCCAGUCGCCUGGCUCUCUCGGUUGGGCGAGCGACGACGGCAGCGAGGGGUACGAGUGCUGCUGCGGACAGCAGCUUUGGAAGCAGUCGACUGCGUCACCGGCACCGUCACCAGUAAGCUUGCCAACUGCGUCACCCCGACGCAGGGCGGGUCUGGCAAGUGCGAAGGGUGGACGUUCGAGAAGAACUGCGGCUGGACGCUGGAGACCAACUGCCCAGGCCAGUCGCCUGGCUCUCUCGGUUGGGCCACCGACGACGGCAGCGAGGGGUACGAGUGUUGCUGCGGGCAGCAGCUUUGGAAGCAGUCGACUGCGUCACCGGCGCCGUCACCGGUAA